UUGUUUUCCAUUCAAGUUAGGACACGUCUUUGUUCAUUUUUUAAAUAAUGCAGUUGUAAAAUAAAAAUGUUAAAAUCUGUUUCCCCUCCUUUUCAGAUUUUGCUUUUCGCCCUCUAGCGGUAGACUGUCGGCGCCCAUUCGGCGUCAGAACUCCGGGCUGACGAGCUCCUUCCGUCCCGCUGUCAGAGUGGAAGUUCCCUCCAUUCGGCCCCAACCACGAACGCGGACUCCCGGGGGAGGCUCUCCUCUUGGUUCCCCCACCGCCGCUUCCUCCCUAAGCUUCUUUUUUCUUCCCUCCUGGAGACAUGAGGCGGAGGGAGAAACGACUGCUGCAGUUUGCCGGGCUUCUUGUAGCGGCGUUCCUCUUCCUCCCCAACGUCGGCUUGUGGUCGUUAUACCGGGACCGGGUGUUCGACAACCCGCCGGACGUUGCUUUGUCAGCAGCGGCGUCGGUGGACGGACCGGGUGCUCGACCGCAGAUCCAGGAUGUGGUCAAACAGCGGAAAGACAAUCCAGUGGCCCAAAAUGUUUUACAGAGGAUAGACUGGCACGACUACGAUGCAAUCAAAAGGGAUGCCUCAAGAUCUGGUAACGGCGAGCAGGGUAAGCCGUUCCCGCUGACGGAUGCCGACAUGGUGGACCAGGCCUACUGGGAGAAUGGCUUCAACAUAUUUGUCAGCGACAGGAUCUCCCUGAAUCGUUCCAUCCCUGACAUUCGACAUCCCAACUGCAAACACAAGCUGUACAGCAAGAAGCUUCCCAGCACCAGCAUCAUCAUUCCAUUCCACAAUGAGGGUUGGUCAUCAUUACUGAGGACUGUCCACAGCGUUCUUAACCGCUCGCCUCCGCAGCUCAUCGCCGAGGUCAUCUUGGUGGACGACUUCAGCGAUAAAGAGCACCUCAAGGCACCUCUGGAUGAGUACAUGGUCCGCUUUCCCAAAGUGCGCAUCCUGAGGAGCAAGAAGAGGGAGGGUCUGAUCCGGACUCGCUUGCUGGGCGCAGCUGCUGCCAAGGGCGAGGUCAUCACCUUUUUGGACUCUCACUGCGAGGCUAACGUCAACUGGCUGCCUCCGCUACUCGACCGAAUCGCUGAGAACCGCAAGACCAUCGUGUGCCCAAUGAUUGACGUGAUCGACCAUGACAACUUCGGCUACGAGACACAGGCGGGUGACGCCAUGCGCGGGGCGUUCGACUGGGAAAUGUACUACAAGCGCAUCCCCAUCCCCGCUCGGCUGCAGAAGGACGACCCCAGCGAGCCCUUUGAGUCUCCCGUAAUGGCCGGCGGGCUGUUUGCCAUGGACAGGAAAUGGUUCUGGGAACUAGGGGGGUACGACACAGGUCUGGAGAUUUGGGGAGGAGAGCAGUACGAGAUCUCUUUCAAGGUAUGGAUGUGCGGUGGUCGUAUGGAGGACAUCCCGUGUUCCAGAGUGGGACACAUUUACAGGAAAUACGUCCCGUACAAAGUGCCUGGAGGGGUCAGCCUCGCCAGGAAUCUGAAGCGCGUGGCUGAGGUUUGGAUGGAUGAGUAUGCUGAGUACAUAUAUCAGCGGCGGCCCGAGUACCGCCACAUGUCUGUGGGUGACGUAGCAACGCAGAAGGAGCUGAGGAGCCGCCUUGGAUGCAAGAGCUUCAAAUGGUUCAUGAAUGAGGUGGCCUGGGAUCUGCCGCAACACUACCCACCUGUGGAGCCGCCUGCCGCCGCCUGGGGAACGAUACGAAAUGAGGCGAGCAACCUGUGUAUGGAAACCAAGCACUUUGUGUCGGGAAGUCUCAUCCGCAUGGAAAACUGUGGCAAUGCGAGGGGUGAGGUCAGCUGGAGCCAUGGGCAGGUGUUCACAUUUGGCUGGCGCGAGGACAUCCGCGUUGGCGACCCUCUGCACACUAAGAAGGUUUGCUUCGACGCUGUUUCCCACAGCAGCCCCGUCACGCUCUACGACUGCCAUGGCAUGAAGGGAAACCAGCUGUGGCGCUACCGCAAGGAUAAAAGCUUGUACCACCCAGUAAGCAACAGUUGCGUGGACGGUAACGUGGCGGAGCACCGCAUCUUCAUGAACACUUGUGACCCGUCUUCGUCCAGCCAGCGUUGGCUCUUCGAGAAGACUAAUGCCACCGUGCUGGAAGGAUUUAACCACCUGGCCGUCAAUUGAACGGGAACCACCUGCCGCUGCUGUUGACUAUCUUACCAGGUGUGCCCGAUUGACGCCGCAUUGGGCGUACGCGUUCCUCCACUCCAGCCUAUUUUUCUUCGCCUUAUUUUUCCGGCCUUUUCUUCACCGCUGAGUUCCUUAUCUUGUCCCGUCACCGUCCUUUUUACCUCUCAAUGACCCCUUUAGGAGUGGGCAUCAUUGCCGAAAUCGUGGUGAAACCAGGCAGAAUGUCUUAGAAAAGACCCUGACAUACAUCCAGAAUUUCUUUGACCCCUGUUCUCUGCCCUUUCCUCAUUUUUUUAUCCCUUUUCUCGACUCUGUGGAUGUCACCGCUCACUGGACGGACUCCGUCACAGGCGGUUGAGCAUGGGCUGACCCCGUUUUGCCCCGCUUGGUGUAUGAUUGGCAGGUGGGAUAGGGUACCUAGGAAGGGAUGGGCUUCCUGGGGGCAACUUUAAUGCACUUGUGAUAAACUUGAAUAAAAUCUUAGUGCCUUGUUGAGCAAUUUAGCUGUAUGAAGGUGUGUGUGUGCAUGUGAUGAGAUUGUGGAUUCACGGCAACAAAAUCGAUUUGACUGACUUCUAUUUCAGUCAUUACGUGAUGCUCUAAGUGAUUUAUGAAACCUGCUAUACCUUUGCCUUUUUUUGUUGUUGGUUUACAGUUUUGUUUUUUUUUGUUUUUGUUUUUUUUUGUAAUCCUUAAGCGUGAUGAUUUUGGGACGCUCAACAGGCCUGUAAAGCACUUCCUCAUGUCAGUUGGAAAAACUAGUCUAGUAGUAGGGCGUGUUUGCAUUUUGUUCAUUGCUCAACGGUUACUCAUUGAACGUCUUACCACCACCCACCAAAUUUAAAUGAAAACAGCAUUUGUUCAUAAAUAAGCUGGACUGGACUAUAAGUCACAGCUGUCCUCACUGUAUUAUAAGUGUCUGUCAUAAGACCAAAUGAGUCACCAUGUACCAAUUGCCUGCAAAGCUUCAUUGCUUCAAGAAGCUUCAUUUGGCCAUCACUGCUCGGGGAGACAAUCAACCUCUGCUACCACCUGCUGUCAACACUCUUGUUGUCCAACAUGCCUCCUAGCAUGCAUGGCAGCGCUACAGAUGUAAAUAUCAAUCCAAAUUCAUAGUUUGUGCUAAUUAUUUCUUCAGUUACUGUUCCAGUUGUUUCAUUAAUUACUAGUUACGGUAUUUGGUAACACUUUAUUGGAUAGUGGCACCAUAAGAUUGUCAUUAGAAAAUUAAUAAUUAUGACAUGACACUGUCGUGAGCAAUAAUGGACGCUUAUAACCAGUGUCAUUUAGGAUUAUCCGGCCAAUUAUCCCACUUUUGAAUGGAUGUAAAAGAUCCAAGCUGGACAUAAAUAGGGGUUCGUGACAUCUGUUAUAGGCAUUCAUUAAUGCCCAUGAUAGUGUCAUGUCAUAUUUAUGACAGUCUUAUGCCACCGCUGUCAAAUAAAGAGUUACCUAUUAACCCAAAUAAAUCAACAAAUAAGCCACACUGGACUAUAAACCGCAGGAUUCAAAAUAAAGGAAACAAACUAGCGGCUUAUAGUCCGAAGAUUGCGGUGGACAUAUUCAGGCAUUCUCUUUUUUUCAAGACCUAUUGUUUGUCAUGCGAGAAGCAGUAAACUUGCCAAAAGAUUUUCUCUCCUUUACAAUCGUUGGUUUAAACCACAAAGUCGUCAAUGCUUAAAAGCGCAUUCACUAGAAAAUUGGAUCCAAGGUUUUUUUUAAAAAUAGCUUUCGAUGAGCUUUUGUCACAAGAAAUUUGGAAUCCGAUCAGAAUUGACAAAGUAAUCCUUUUUUGUAUGUGUUUUUUAGGAAAUUCAAGGUCAUAAGUCUAAGAAAAUGGCCAAUGAUGAUGAUACAUGUUUGCCUUUUCAAAUUCUCAAUAUAUCAUUCUUUAUUUUGGACCUUAGACACCUAAGGAUUUGCACAGGGAACGUAUACAUACAUUUGACCAAACAUAUGCUUUAUUCACGCCAUUAAAAUGUCCAUUGUUGAAAGUGAGAGGGAUUAUCUUAUUUUUUAACAUUCCAAAAGAGCAAUUUCACUCCAUCAAGUUUAUGACCUAAAUUGUUUUGAGACCCAGAACUACCGACACUGGUUUAACAACACCUUUUGUUGGGAUUUUUAGGGGGAAAAAACAAAACCCAAAAUAGAUUUGACUUUGUGUUUAAGAUAAAAACAAAUGUGUUGACAGUCGUCCAACAAGUUGUUUCUACCAUCAAAUAUGAAAAGUCCAAGGAAUCCUUACUCUUUUGACUUUUUUUCCCCAUUGCAAACUAAAGUGGUCUAUUUUACCUUACACUCUUGCCAGAAUUGGGGAAUUUUUGGGCAUGUUGAGGCACCCAAAAUGCUUUUUUUAAAUGUCUAAAAACUAUGCUGUAUUAUGCAAAUUUGUGGCCAUUUCUAUAAUUGUUUUUUUCUUGUGUUCAAACAAUUCAGCGAACGAAUGAAUCCUAUGGUGUGUUUCUUUGUCAUAUGACCAAUUUGUGUGUAGCAAAUUGUAAAUUUUGUACUCCGUGAAUGAUGGUGGCAUCUUAUUUUCUACUGACGUCGCAAAAAGUGUUUAAAAAAAAAAAAAAUUAUUUAGAUAUUUAACUAUGUAUAAUAAAGCUGGAAUUGUAUGAUAUUUUGCUGAAGCUGUUUUAAAAAGGAAAAUAAAGGUUUCUAUAU